AUGAACCUAACCGACGAUUACAUAACUAUGGAGGAAUACGAUCAGUACGAAGACUACGACCGUGUCCUUCACGAACAAACCCAGCUCGAGCCAGGCGAUUACGAGAGUGACAUCGAGGAAUACAUCCGAAGGAGCAAUGCUUAUCAUGCCGACUUCGACAAAGAAAACGAACAACCUCACGACCACACCCCGCUUCCCAACCGGUCACGCAGCCACUCCGUGCCGCCUGCGCCGCGCAUGCCAUUGGUCACCGAGCUCAAGAUCCAGCAGCUUGCCUACAAUCACACCCGACGACAGCUCCAUCGCGAAGACUGUCAACGAUACGAGGAUACAUUCGUCGGUUCCACCAAGCACCCGGAGGAACUUAUCUCCCUCAUCCAGUCUUCGUUGCAAGGACUCAAGAAGAAGGUCGCACAAGAAGAUCGCAAGAGAAGAACCUUCAACUUGGACGAGAAGUACGAUCGACAACUGGACAGCGAAUACUACGCUGGACCAAUUGAUAGCGACGACUCCUUCAUUGAGACCUAUCCGCCUAGACCCAUGCUACAGUCGAUCGGAGUGUCGGCCUUUGAGGCCAACGUCCACACUAAAAUCGCCUGGAUCAAUUGUCUCUACGACGCUUGCCCCUGGCACCUGUCCUACAAGAUGGAAAACGGGGAUUUCGCCCCUGUUCGAGCGACCUAUCACAAGGACUCCAUCAACAUGUGGGACGUGGGUCGAUCACGCGAUCGUGAAGGAGGAAAGCUACUGAAGCUACCCCUCAAGGAUGGAUACGGAAGAGACGGCAAACAUUGCAAGAAGAGAAGAACAAGCAGGGCCUCCGCAAGGACAAGACAAGGAAACUGCAGCAGCAUCGUCUUCAGACACCAGCACGGUCUGUGGACCCCCGACAAGGUCAGGGUCCCAGAGGAAACGCCGUGGUGGCCGCAGAAGACAGGGAAAUGGCGCCAGCUCCUCGCGAGAGGACCGCGAGUAGCUGCACCGCCACAGAUCCUCGAAGUAAGUCGAGAUGAGGACUCGAUUUACGAGGUCCAGAUGACCUGGACACAGCCAUUCCAAGGAAAAGCAAUGGCCAUGAUCGACUCAGGAUCGUCGAUCAACCUCAUUACACCACAGACGGUGAAUGAUUGGAAGAUCCCAUGGGUACUCAAGAAGAGACCCUACAGAGUGUACACAUUCGAAGGGAAAAGUCCUAGCUAUGAAGAAGGACAGGUACUACGAGAAACAGUACCAAUGAAGGUUGUCAUCAACGGGGAUCUACAAGAAAUCGUCUUCGACAUCACCCCAAUUGGGAAACACGACGCUAUCUUGGGUAGACCCUGGCUGAGGAAAUACAACCCGGAUAUCGACUGGAGCAAUAAAACCAUCAAACGACGAACACCCAGCGCUCCAGCGACAGAAGAAGUCUCAGUCACUGACCGAAAGGGUUGGCAUCCUUCGUCACACGAGACUACGCCACCACUAGAACCAUCAAGAAUGGUCAUGUUCAUCAACAAUUACCCCGAGGAGGGACCACCUCCUGAACCACCACCCAAGUCUACCGAUGAGCGACUCAAAGACGUCCCAGUCCAAUACCGAGGAUACAAGAUCUUCCGGUCGUCUUCUGAGUGCACAUUGCCAGCACACGGUCCAUGGGACCACGAGAUACCCUUGAAGGAAGGUGCCAAACCCAAAUACCAGAAGAUCUACCAGCUUAACGCUGCACAGAUGAAGGCACUCAAGGAGUACAUCGACGAGAGGCUCAAACUGGGACAUAUCCGAGAAUCCCAGUCACCAUGGGGCUCCCCUAUUCUCUUUGUACCAAAGAAAGACGGAGAUCUUCGCCUCGUCAUUGACUACAGACAUCUCAACAGCGACACGAUCAAGAAUAGAUACCCACUGCCGCUGAUCCAAGAGAUGAGAGAUCGACUCGGCAAAGCGACAAUAUUUUCCAAGUUCGAUCUUACCUCGGCUUUCUCACAGAUUCGCAUGAAGAAGGGCGAAGAAAUCAAGACGGCAUUCAGAACCCCAUUGGGACAUUACGAAUACCGCAUUAUGCCACAAGGCCUCACGAACGCACCAGCCUCGUUCCAAGCUCGAAUCGAUGCUAAAGACGUCGGAUUCAACUGGACCAAGGAAUGCGACGACGCCUUCAACAAACUGAAGCAAAUGAUAUUGGACGAUCCGAUUCUCAUGUUACCAAACCCCGACAAGGAAUUUGAAGUCGAGACUGACGCUUCUGACUGGGCUAUGGGCGGACAACUAGGUCAACGAGACGACCAGAACCGUCUACACCCAAUCGCAUUUUUCUCAAAGGCAUUCCGUGGACCAGAGCUCAAUUACCCGAUUCACGACAAAGAGCUCAUGUCCAUCAUAUGGGCCUUCAAGGAAUGGAGACCAUGGCUCAGCGGAACCAGAGAAACCGUCAAAGUAUACUCAGACCACAAGAAUCUGACGUACUUCACCUCGACAAAGGAACUUAACCAACGACAGACACGAUGGUCAGAAUUCCUAUCACAAUUCAACUUCGACAUCUAUUAUCGCAAAGGCUCCGAGAAUGCUAGAGCUGACGCGUUGAGCCGCCGGGAAGACCUCAAGAACAACAAGGAAGUCACGAUGUCAGCAGCACUGUUCCAAUCUAAUGCUGAUGGAUCACUGCGACACCAACCAGUGCAGCUAGACGACAUUAAUGACGACCUCAAAAUUUACAACAUCUCCAAAGGGGAACCCGAUGACUGGAUCCAAAAGAUCACAGACGCUCAACACGACGCAGAUGACGAAGAGAUCAGGACACAUCUUUCGUCCACAAUCGAACCAUGGCUACACAAAGGAAAGUUAUGGGUCCCGCCAGCACUGCAGAAAGAACUCGUAAAAGAUAUUCACGAGUCACCAGAAGAAGGCGGCCAUGCAGGAAUCGCACGCACAAUCGCAAGGGUCCAAGAAACAUCCGGAUUCGCUGGAAUGAAAGACGUUGUCACGGAAGUACUGCACGAAUGCGAAAUUUGUCACAAGACUAAGGCAAAUCGUCACAAACCAUACGGGCUGCUGGAACCACUGCCUGUAUCCGAAGGACCUUGGCAGUGCGUCACCAUGGACUUCAUCACAAAGCUGCCCGUAUCACGAGACCCAGCUACCGGCAUCGAACACGACAGCAUUCUAGUGGUUUUCGACCGAUUCACCAAGUUCGCGUACUUCUUGCCUUUCAGAGAAGAUACCGGCGCAGAACAACUUGGCCACAUCUUCAUACGACACAUCACUUCCAACCAUGGCUGGCCAAAGGAACUCGUGACUGACAGAGACAAGCUAUUCUCGUCACGAUUCUGGCAAGCCUUCAUGAACAAACUAGGUGUCAAACACAAGAUGUCAACAGCAUACCACGCAAGGACCGACGGUCAGACGGAAAGAAUGAACCAAGUCUUGGAAGCUUACCUACGAGCAUACGUCAACUACGAACAAGACAACUGGUCAGAACUUCUUCCGACAGCGCAAAUGUCCUACAACAGCUCGAAGACAGAAACAACGAAGGUAACGCCCUUCUUUGCCAACUUCGGCUAUGAAAUGAGCUCCCGUAGAGGAUGGGACUCAGAAUCAUUCGUGCCCCGGGCACACAUCCGCGCCGAGAGGCUCAUUGAAAUGCACCAGACCCUGCGCGACGAACUCACAUUCGUCCGCGACAGAAUGAGCAGAUAUUACGACCGCACUAGAUCGACGGCCCCGAUCUUCAAGAGGGGAGACAAAGUUUACCUCCUCCGUCGUAAUAUCAAAACUAAACGACCCAGUGACAAACUUGACUACAAGAAACUUGGUCCAUUCAAG